AAUGCAGGCAUCCUCUUCAUUUUUAGCCAUUUAUGAUCAUGUGACUUGGUGCUUUUUUCUCAAAUGCACAGUGGGGUUCCUUCCCCACUUGCCACUCACCUCUAAAGUUACACAAUUUAUUAUCAUGCUUCUUUGUAUAUUUUCUGGUUAUUUCACAUUUCAAGAGCUAUAAACUCUUUGAGCAAAAUAUAUAUUUUCUUGUUUACUCAAAUGGAGUUCUCCAAAUACCUUGGAGUUGCUGAUGAUGAGUGUAGCAGUAGUGAAUCAGGUUGGACCAUGUACAUUGUUUCUUCCAUGCAUGAUGAAACAACCAAUCAUCAUCAACAUGAUCAUGUUCAUGUUUAUGAUCAUGAUGACAACACUCAUGGUGGUUAUUAUAAAAUGCAUCACAAUGAAGAUAGUGAUGAUUCCAUGGUAUCGGAUGCAUCUUCUGCUCCUAGUCGUCAGCGUGGAAUCUCCAAAAAACGAAGCGGGUUGCGCCGCGAAUCCAAACAUGCAUUGAAUCAAAAGCAAGAGGAAAAAAAGUUGUAUGAUAGAAGGCAAAGAGCAGUAAAAGAAGAACACAAGACAAGAAUUGAUGCUAAGACAAAGAAGACUUAACUAGUUAGUGUGUUUGAAGUUUGAUUUGUUUGUGAUUUAUCUCUUUUUUUUUUUUUUUCUUUUUUGAAGAUUUAAGGAGCCUGAUAUAAGGGUUGAUCAAUCCAUGCACAUAGUUUUGUUGUUUCAGUUACUUCAGAUUUAUGAUUUCAUCAUAUUAUGCAUUU